UUCGAAAAAGGAGAGCAAGGGUGCAUACUAGUGACGACGUCGUAUGAAUGAAAAACAUAAAAAAGCACCCACCAACCAUAUUAUUGUGGCUGAGCGAGCGAGAUUGGAUGCUGCUGCAAUAGAGAGAGAGAGAUGAGUGUUCUUCGAAGAAUAUCAUCACGAACACGAAGGGUUCUUCAAUCCGCCAAUCGAUCAUUCAACACGCUUCCAGAGCCUUCUCCUCCCCUCUCUCACGGCAUUCAUGUUCUAUAUUGCCCUGAUAGUGUUGGAAUUGUGGCCACAAUAUCUGAGUGUAUUGCAUCAAAAGGUGGGAACAUAUUGGAAGCUGAUGUAUUUGUGCCCCAAAACAAGAAUGUUUUCUACUCUAGAAGUGAAUUCGUCUUUGAUCCUAUCAAAUGGCCAAGGACACAAAUGAAUGAGGACAUUCUCAAGUUAUCAAAGAAAUAUAAUGCUAUAAGAUCUGUUGUUCGGGUGCCAUCUAUAGAUCCCAAGUAUAAAAUUGCGGUUCUUGCUUCUAAGCAGGACCAUUGUCUUGUUGAUUUGUUGCUUGCAUGGCAAGAUGGAAAACUUCCAAUCGAUAUAAGUUCAGUCAUUAGUAAUCAUGAUAGGCUUCCCAAUUCCCAUGUGAUGCGGCUUCUUGAAAGGCAUGAGAUCCCAUAUCACUAUCUGUCCACAUGUAAAGAAGAUAAAAGAGAAGAUGAGAUUCUGCAGUUGGUUCAAGAUACCGAUUUUCUAGUCCUUGCUAGAUAUAUGCAGGUUUUAUCUAAAAGUUUUUUGAAUAGAUACGCGAAAGAUAUAAUCAACAUUCAUCAUGGCUUAUUGCCAUCAUUCAAGGGUGGGAAUCCUUGUAGGCAGGCUUUUUAUGCUGGUGUGAAAUUGAUUGGUGCUACAAGCCACUUUGUGACAGAAGAACUUGAUUGUGGGCCAAUUAUUGAACAGAUGGUAGAGAGAGUUUCACACAAGGAUAAUCUACUGAGUUUUGUACAGAAAUCAGAGAAUCUUGAGAAACAAUGCCUUCUUAAAGCACUAAAAUCCUACUGUGAGUUGCGUGUUCUACCAUAUGAAGACAACAGGACGGUUGUUUUUUAAAGUAUUAAUAAUAAUUCUGAUUCUUUGUUAUAUGAUGAUGUUACAUUUCAAACAUUACUGUAUUUCAAUUUCUAUAUACAAAGCAUUUAGAGGUUCACUC